UCGAGAACGAAAACACUUCCUCAGUCGCUGCGAACUGCAGAGGGCGAUCAAGGAACUAGCUUCCAUUGAAGAUGAUGAGGAGUACAACAAGAAGAAGGCUGAACUAGUGAAAAACUCGAGACAUUCCGUGUCGUCAUUGGAUCCUGGUGCGGCGCAUCCGAGAUACGACUGGACAACGUCGAAUUUAGAUGUAGAGGAAAAGCCAGAAACGAAAAAGGUCACGUUAGGGGACCCGAGGGACAAGGUACUUUCCGUUUCCUGAACACUAGCACUUCUUACCUCGUCCAGUAUUCCGUUUCCUGAACACUAGCACUUCUUUUUUCUAGUAGAAGACAAGAGUUUUGUAGCUAGCUGGUCGUGGUGUCCUUUUGUUCUUGUUGAUGUUACUCGAGCAUGCAUCUGAAAUCAACGUACCUACCGCAUCCAGGUCUACGUUCUCGACGUUGGCACUGGAGAGAUUGGCUUCUACGUGUUUUGGCGAGACGAUGAGCAGAACGUGAGGAUGUCCGUGUCACCAAAGUGGAGUUAUCCGUCGAAGCAGGACUUCAAUCAGACUUUUUUUAAAGCAGGAACUGCGGGAAAACGCGCGUUUGCUGACUUGUUGGCGAAGAACUUCAAGCUAGAACCUCCAGCGCCACCUGCAAGGAACUCAUACUAUGGUGGUGGAGGUGGUGGGCCGGGAGGAAUGGGUAGCGGUGAAGAUAUUAAGGGAUUGCAGUUAGCACCGCCACCACCGAGUUCGAUGUUGCCUGGUAUUAUACGAUUAACAAAUAGAGUCUGUGCCUUCUGGAUCUUUUCGUGCAUCUCCCCACAACUACUUCCACUUUAUGAUAUGAUGUCUAAGUACCCGUCAAUUUGAGUUCUUCAAAAAAUUCGACAAAGAUCCACAGGUGGUCUAGCUUCGCCGCUUUUGCAAGCUAAGGCAGCCGAACUUAGCCGAAAGGUUAUCGAUUUGACCGAUGACGGCGAAGAUGAAUUUCCUAGAAAGGAGGUAGAAGGCGCCUGUGCAGCUGCGUCACCUGAGGAUCUAACUAGAGAAGAACAGGAAAAUAGUGGCUCAACCUCAACCGAGGCCGAUGGGGCUAGUAAGACCGAAUCAGAGAUGGCUUUGGGCGGACUGCCGAAGAUCAUGGGUGUGGAAGGUGGUAAGAAGAAGCUUCCCCCGACCGUUGUCGUCCCUGCCGCCCCAAGCGAAUCCAACAGCGAAGCGUCUGCGAUAUCUGGCAAGAACGUGGUUCCGAAGAUCAAUCAGACGAAUAGUUUAGGCGAGCGAUCGUUUGGUUCUGGUGCAAAUUUGGCGGCUUUGUUGCCACCACCUGGAGGAGGUAGUUUCGGAGGUGGUGGACCAAUUCCCCCAUCAGGCGGUCCCUCCAGUUCUAGCUCGUCAAGGUCAAACCGCAUUUACGUAGGUCUCACGGGAAAGAACCGAGACUAUUUGUUAGCGCAUCCAGAAGAAAAAGACGAUUUCGACAGAUGGUUGCAAUCAGUGUUGAAAUGCAUGAGGGAGGAAUACAGAAUAGACACGAUCGGGAGGGUGAACUUUCUUUAUGGCCAUGAUGUUGGAUCACAAGAACUAUUUUUUUGCGAUUGCGAUUUCAACAUUUUCUAUUUUUACAUCAUGCUCUACUUAUUAAUUUUUAUCGUCUUCAUGUACCAGUAGUACCAGUAAAAAUCGUCUGGAAGUUCUACUCUGCUUCUAAUUCUCCGACUUCCUCUCAACCAAGACUGGCGCCAAAACGGAAGCUGCUUACGAGCUUUCUGCUACCCAAUGGCUCUUACAGAAUGGUGAUUUGGACAUGGAUUUAAGCAAUAUUCCAGUAGGAGCAAAAGACACGCGCUUUGCCGCUCUAGAGUUGAAGAGCUGUAUCGAAGCGAUCUUUCAGGAUUGUCCUGAGAGGAAUCGUUUAGGUUUCUGGCGAGAGAAAUACCUUUAUGAAUUCCGCGAUUUCGGUCUAGAACGGGAAGAUCUGGAUGCUUUGUGGCUGUUGAGCGUGGAGAAAACGGGUUUCCAGACACCAACGACUCCGAAAGACAGAGAAAGAUUGAUCUUGGCUUUGUUGCAGACAUUGUUGGACGAGCCUAGGUUUUUGAGGGCUAUGACCAGAGCACGUUUGUUUCAAGGAACAAUAUCAGCAGGCGGCGGAUCGUGUCAAGUGACGUGUCAACCGCAAGCGGGAAGAGCAGAGGUGUCGUAUGGAUCGAUUCCAUUCGGGAAUAGGACCAGCUAUAGCGGAGGAGAAGGAGGGUUGAAUGGUACUCGGAUUUCUGCAUGUAAAAACUCUUUGUGACUCAUCUCAAACUUAAGCGGUUCCAACCACAACCCUUCUACCUUGAACAACAAUUCUUACGUGAGGGUCAUAAGGAUAACAAGUAGUUACUGACUCAUUUUUUUUACUCCUACUUGUCAAAAUCAACCAAAGCAAUCUUCACUCAGCCCUCGUCCAACCAGUUUGGGAUAAGUCUACUUCUCACGUCACUCGCGAUAUGCUCGCAGCUUGGUCCACCGCUGUGUCGAAGUCCAUAGAGGAAAACAAGCUCCCAACCGACUUACGUGGGCUCUUCGUCGGCAUUUCAGCUGUGUUUCACGCAGCUAAAUUUUGCAAAUGUGACAACGCGAUUCUGCCGAAGAAUGAGUUUUUGUCUAGGCUAGAACAAAAACUGGAAUUGGAGCUGUUGAAGAGCUGUAAUGCGACGGCAGCAAGAAGUCCGACGACGCCGAUUUAUGAAGAGGAAUAAGACCACCAGUAGUAGAAGAAGUUGUAAAUCAUGUAGUACUGGCUCUUCUCUACUUACUUCAAAUUAUAUCCUUUCGCAAUUAACAACAGCAGAAUUGCGUUGAUGUUGAAAACCGCAACGACCACUCCUCUCUAAUCCCAGCCUGCUCCCAAAGAGCCCAUGCCAGAAAAAGAGCUUCGCAACGUCUCGAAUUUGCAGCUGGUUCACACUUUUGUCAGUCGCGUUUUGCACGAAAGCGCCUUUAUCGUCUGUAAGCGCAACUGGAACGUGGAACAGCCCGAAGGCGGUUUAACCGAAUACGUCGCAACCUGGAGCUUCGGUUUCUGGCUGACUAGUGUGCGAGAACCGAAAUUUCGGAAACAGGGAAGCAACCUGUCAGACUGCAGUUCAUGGGAAUCCUCGGAAGAGAAUCGCUAAGAUAGAAAUGCAAGAAAGCUUUGGAUUCUCAUUUUCUAAAUUUCUUGCAGUAACUAAUAAAUAUGACAAAGUGUAGAAAAAACGCCAUGGACAUUCAAGAAAUAUCUCGCCUUCAUCUUCUAUCUACUCUAGUUGUACUAUGCCUACGCCUAUUGAUGAAGACUCAACAUAUGCGCAUUCGCAAACGCAACGAACCACGCGCCUACUCUUACGCCUAUCAUCUGCCUCUGUACUUCUGUUCGCUCCUCUUAAGAGAAUCAAUCUUUUAACUACUCGACCAUGGCGCGCACAUCUAGAGAGAGGCCGAGUCAAGAUAAAGAUGACUCGUAGGCUUCGCGAGCUGCGACCAUACUGUCAAGAGAACUCAUCAUGAUUGCAAGUGUUCCUUCACCUGCUGCGAGCUUGAGCAAGCAAAUGGAGAAAACCGAGAAUUGAAUGGACUUGGACUAGUGGGACUUAGUAGGUGUGGGGUAGCCUAUCGUUGUUUAGUGUAGCUAGCCGCUAAAAAGUAUUUCAUCACUUCGUCUGGUCUAUGUUGAGUGCCCUUGCUUUACAUCUGUUGUGUCUGAGCGUAGUGAGACUUAAUGGUGUUCAGUUGAUGAUCAAGAUAAUGCUUUUAUGUAAGAUAAGAGAUUCAUUUCAACAAGAAGAACAUGAUAUGUAGUCCACGAUGACGAUUGACGAGAGAU